AUGCCCGAUCACAUCAGCAAAGAAUACCUAGAUGAGAUUUACGGAGUUUCUUUAAGUGCAUCAGAUAAAUACGAUCGUCUGGCUCCAAAGUAUUACAGGAUUCUUAACUACCACAGUGCGCACGAUAUCGGACACGCUCUGCAGGAUAAAAACAUGGCCGUUGGCUGCACCUCUUUUGGUGUGUGGAAAAACAGAACUUCAGAUGGUAAAAUGUUGGUAUUACUUGUUGAACACAAUAUUCCAACUUCGGAAAUUACUUUCGGAAGUAAUUUAAAAGAAAAAGGAUUUGUUACCGACUUCGGAAAACUGAACCGUAUGUUCACUGUUCAACGCGAAGGAACCAGCAAAGAGUUGUACGAAAUUUCAAAAAAACUAUCAGCUUACAUUCGUCACACCAUUGUUGACAAGGUUGUUUCUGUGUGGAUUGCGCAACGUAACGGCAGAACAAAAGAUGGUCACGAUACAACACAAAGCGGACUUUUAAAAAUGCUGAACAUUAGCGGUAAAAAAAGUUUUUCUGAGAACUUCGCUCAAUUGGCAAUCGUUCCCAUUACCAUUUCUUAUGAAUACGAGCCUUGUGAUCAUUUGAAAGUUCAGGAAUUAUAUUUAUCGAGUCUGCAUACCAAAUACACAAAAGCUCAGGGCGAGGACCUCAACAGUAUUGUUACGGGAAUAAAACAAUUUAAAGGCAGAAUUCACAUGAGUGUGGGUGCGCCUAUCGAGGAAAAAGAAUAUCAGUACAUUGAUAAAAUAAUUAACGAAAACGACAAGAUCAAAGCUUUAACCAGCAUGAUUGACAAACGUAUUCACCACGAUUAUAAAUUGUAUCCG